UGGAUAUUGCGUUUGCCGUUGAGGCGGGCCACAUGUGGUGAGGAUAAAGUCGCAGACUGGGGGCGAUCUUCUGCUGAUAUGCCUGCCUUGACUAGUCACCAUGUCAGCAUCACACUUUGAUGGUGGUCGAAAGCUGAGCGAAGUAUCCGUCUCGCGUUCAUUACAUUUAGCGUUCUGUGAGCGUUCCUGUAGCCUCUGUCAUCACGCGUGCCUCUGUCAAGAUCGAAUAUCUGUCCCACCUGUAGCCCCUCGGCACGCGAGCAGUGUUCUCUCGGCAAUGGUGAAGAAGCAGCCGAAGAAGAGGGCAUGGAGCAAGGUGAAGGUCGACGAUGUCGAGGAGGCGAUGGAGGACGACCGCAACAUCGCCAAGAUGAAGCGAUACGACCGCCCAGAGGCUCUGAAGGGCAAGGACGGAGGCGCGGAUGCGGCGGAACUGUUCACCAUCGACACCAAAGGAUCCUUCGAGGGUGUCUCGGCGACCUCGCGCCGCGAGAUCGCUCGGGCGAAGCUCUUCCCGCCGAAGGGGCCGAACAUUGGCCUGUCGGCCACGGAGGAGUCGAAGGUUUCACGUGCCGAGGGCUCCCUGGGUGCGGCCAGCAAGCGCGCCCGCGGCUCCAAGGAGCCGGAGGUGUUCGACCUGUGGGCCGCGCCCGACCCGGCCACGGCGCGGAAGCAGAGGGCCCAGGCGGAGGAGGAGGCUGCGAUGACCGUGAUCAGGCGACCACUGACACGGCCAUCGAAGGUGCCUAAGACGUUGCACCAGAAGGUCAGCGCCGCACCGCCGGUCAUACCGGCACACGAGGGGCAGUCCAUGAACCCGACCGAGGAGGCCUACGAGGAAUUGGCCUGCACUGCGGCCGCGAGGCAGCUCGAGAAGGAGGCCGAGGCGGACGCGCUGGAGCGCAAGCUGAGGCCCAUCACCCACGAGCUGCGCGAGCGCCUCGGGCAGGAUGCCGUCAAGGAUUUAGAUGACGAGGCGCAGAUGAAGCUCUGGCGUUCCCUGACAGGCAAGCAGAGCGGCGAUCAGGAGGGUGCCGAGGCGGGCGGCGAGGACAGCCGGGAGCACGGCGAUGCUCCUGGGAAGAGGACGCGCCGAGCGCUCGGGGGCGCACGCAGCGGGGGCAAAAGCGCCAACGGGGGUCACUCGGUCGCCUCUGUCCAGGCCUCGCACGCGGGGUCCGAGUACCCAUCGGUCGUUGAAAGUAGGGAUUUUUGGACUGCCAGGUGCCAAUCUACGUUAGGCGUCUUCCUACUUCAACGGUCGAGCGGCUUCACCUUUUCC